UUUCUUGCGCAUGGAAGGCAGAGGGAAGCAUUCAGCAAUUGUGACAUGGCGGGGCAAUGGCAAUGGCAAUGGCAAUGGCAAUGGCGUGUGCACACCAUCGUAUGAUCUGGCUAGAAUACGCCGUUCGAUGCAAACCUACACCUCCACGGACGCACUGAACGCCACCGCCUUCCUGCAUUUCUCCGCAACCAAGAAAGGAAUCUCUCUCCCACGUUUCGGUACCUUCAACUGGGAUCACUACCUUUAAUUUCAACAAUUCGGGCGAUCUCAAUUCGUACCGAUCCGUCAUGGACAAGGACAAGGAAAAGGACAAGGACAAGGACAAGGAAAAGGAAAGCGCGGACAAGUCGCCGAAAGCCGGGAACCUGUGGCUGAUCAAGUCCAUUUUCUCCAAGGGCAGUGGUGGCCGGGAUGGGGAAGGGGAUGGGGAGGCUAACAACGCCAAUCCGCCUAUUGCCUUCCUUUCUACUUUCGCUAACUCCGUCGUCUCUCGCUGCUCCAAGAUACUUGGCGUUUCAACGAAAGAGUUACAGGAGCAAUUUGAUACAGAGCUGCCCAAUGAUGUCAAGCAAUGUUCAUCCCAUGCUAGGAACUUCCUGGAAUUCUGCUCCUUUAAAGCGCUUCAAGUGGCCAUUUCUCGACCUAAAUAUUUGAGUGACAAGGAAUUUCGUCGCUUGACAUUUGACAUGAUGGUUGCAUGGGAGAUCCCUGGUGUUGACAGUUGUCUAGUGGAUAAAGAUAGUUCUCCUAACAGCAAACGGGAUGUGUUGGGUGAGGAUGUUGGGUCAUUGUUCUAUUCCAAUUCGACCAGAAUGGCAGUUCAGGUUGAUGAUGAAAAAACUGUUGGACCAGAGGCUUUUGCUCGGAUGGCUCCUGCUUGUCCUGUUAUUGCGGAUAUAACCACAGUGCACAAUCUUUUUGAUGUCCUGACUUGUUCUUCUGGCUCCAGGCUUCAUUUUCUGUUAUACGACAAGUACCUACGUGGUCUUGAAAAGGUCACAAAAUUUGUACAAAAUGCAGGGGGGCCACAAGCCAGUUCAAAUCUUUCACUUGCCGAGGAGGAAAUUAUUGUAGAUAUUGAUGGAACUGUUCCCACACAACCAGUUUUGCAGCAUGUUGGGAUGUCAGCAUGGCCAGGGCGGCUGACAUUGACGAAUUAUGCCCUUUACUUUGAGUCGGGGGUUGGACUAUAUGACAAAGCUGUAAAAUAUGAUCUAGCAACAGAAGUGAAGCAAGUCAUAAAGCCUGAAUUAACAGGGCCCCUUGGUGCUCGUAUCUUUGAUAAAGCUGUGAUGUACAAGUCUACAUUAAUAGAAGAGCCUGUUUAUUUGGAAUUUCCAGAAUUCAAAGGUUGCUCAAGGAGGGACUAUUGGUUGGAUAUCUGUCUUGAGAUUCUUCGAGUUCACAAGUUCACUAGGAAAUACAAUUUAAAAGGGAAUCAGAAAUCAGAAGCACUUGCUCGGGCAAUUCUUGGAAUUUUUCGGUUCCGUGCAGUUAGAGAAUCCUUCAGGAUCUCUUCAUCCAAUUACAAAACUCUUUUGUGUUUUAACUUGGCUGAGAGUGUUCCUGGGGGAGAUAUGAUAAUGGAAACCCUAUCUAGUCACUUGGCAUUGAUAAGUCCGAAGUUUGGACAACCUGAUACUCUAGGCUCUCCAAAUUCACAAAGACGGCCUGUCUUACCUGCUGCACUUAUGACACUUAUUAGAUUCAAGAUUGUUUCUUCUGAUGAUGUGAAAUUGGACGAGGAACCAACACGCCAAUAUGGCAGCAUAUGUGUUGGUGAAUUGAAUCCUUUAGAAGAUGUGGUGAAGCAGCUGAAACAGAAUACUGGAAUGGCUGAAGCUGCUCAAGCAACGGUUGAUCAAGUGAAAGUUGAAGGAAUUGAUGCUAAUUUGGCUGUGAUGAAGGAAUUGCUUUUGCCAAUUAUCAAAACGCACGACUGCCUUCAGCGCUUGGCUACCUGGGAUGAACCUUUCAAGUCACUUAUGUUUGUGUUAUUCUCCGGCUAUUUGAUACUUAGGGAUUGGACCAAGUUCGUGCUGCCUGUGUUUCUCAUACUGUUGGCGACGGUCAUGCUAUGGCGCAGGUAUAUUUGGCGAAGAAGACAACUGGAAGCAAUGAAAAUCACAGCACCCCCAAACAAGAAUCCAGUGGAGCAGCUGCUAAUAUUACAAGAAGCAGUGACUCAAGUUGAAUCCCUCAUCCAAAACGGCAACGUUGUUCUGUUAAAAAUUCGAGCGCUUGCUUUUGCUGUUGCGCCACAGGCUACUGAGAAGCUGGCUAUGUUGAUGGUUUUAGCGGGAGUAGGAGUGAUGAUUUUACCGGGUAAGUACAUGAUGCUGUUGGGGUGGAUGGAGUGGUGCACGAGGAACUCCCCCCUCAGACGGGAAAGCAGCGAAAGAGGACUCAGACGAUUGAAGGAGUGGUGGACAAGAAUACCCGCAGCUCCCGUUCAUCUUGUCAAGCCUGAUCAUAAUGAUAAAAAGAGGAAAUGAAAUCGAAUUCAGUGUCGUCUUUUAACAUAAUAAUAAUAAUAAUAAUACCUUCAUUUUGCUGCUUGUUAUAAUUAUGGUUACAUCCCCACGUUUAAUUAAGUUAUGUUUCUCAUAUUAUUAUUUUCAGAUGCACAUUCUUCUUUCCAGGUAGACUUGGCCUUUUGUUUUGGUUUUGGAGCCAAGUUACC